CAAAUACACGCAAAAUCAUAUGAAACAUGGAUACCCAAUGGAAGCAUGUUAUCUUAAAAGUGUCCGCUCUCCUUAGAAGUUUACCAAAGCUAUAUUUUCCAAGCUGUCGUUGUCAUUAGACGGCUGUCAUUGAUAGCUAACUGGUUAGAUUGCUUGCUACGCUAAAGCUUGGAUGAAAACAACAUUCGACAGCCAUGAAGAUGCACUGACGUUGGCUAGCUACGGAUAAUUAUUUUCCAGAUCUGUGUGUGCUGGGACCCAAUGUUGUCGUGGAGAGAGGCUAACAGAAUGAGCAUCCAGUGAGAGCAGAUCGAAAGAGAGACUCGCUUCUUUGACAUCACCCACAGUCCGUUUUAUUUCAAUAGGUCCUUGUGGUUUGAGACACCCCAUCAGGCACCAUGACGUCCUCUAUGCUACGCCGACAAUUGAAGAACCUCGUUCAGAACUUCUCUGAGGCUGAGGUCAAGGUGAGGGAGGCCACCUCCAAUGACCCCUGGGGCCCCUCCAGCUCGCAGAUGGCCGACAUCUCGGACCUCACCUACAAUGUGGUGGCCUGCAAUGAGAUCAUGACCAUGCUGUGGAAACGCCUCAAAGACGACAAGAACUGGAGGCACAUCUACAAGUCGUUGACCCUGUUGGAGAACCUGUUAAAGACGGGCUCAGACCGCGUUCUGAAUACGAUGAAGGACAACGUCUACAUUGUGAAAGCGCUAACAGAGUUCCGUUUCCAGGACAAGGAUGGGAAAGAUCAGGGGGUGAACGUGAGGGAGAAGGCCAAGGUAGUACUGGUUCUUAUGGAGGACGACGAGAAACUAAAGGAAGAGCGAGAGUCUGCGCUCAAGACCAGAGACAAGAUCUCAAAGAACGCCACUGCCUCCUCGGACGACCCCAACGACCCCAAGGACCCCAACUACAAGCCAGUGUAUGUCCCAGGAGCCACCGGGCUCCCCUCCCUGGCCAACAUCCCUUCUGUGGCUGACCUCGCCGCCAGCUUUGAGGCCAAGAAGCAAGAAAAACUGAGAAUAGAGGCCCAGAAGAAAGAGGAGGAACGACGGUCAAAGAUGACCAAGGAAGAGCUUGAAUGGGAGGAUGCCGCCAAAGCAGGAAAAGUUGCUGACGCCUUUGGCGGGGCAGAUGAACCAUCAGAGGAUGCAUGGGGUGCAGCAGCCAAAACACCCGCUCCUGAUCCUUGGGGGGUUGCGUCCAAAGCUCCAUCCGAGGAUGCAUGGGGCGGAUCAUCCAAAGCGCCAUCCGAGGAUGCAUGGGGUGCACCAUCUAAUGCUACAACAGAAGAAGCAGAUCCUUUUGCGGCGCCAGCCAGUGCCCCAACAGAUGGUUCAGAUCCUUUUGCAGCUACAAUAGAUGGUUCUGAUCCAUUUUCUGCACCAUCCAAUGCAUCAUCUAAAGUUGAAGCUGAUCCGUUUGGGGCACCAAAAGAUGAUCCCUUUUCAGCACCAUCCAAUACACCAAAAGAUGGUUCCGAUCCAUUUGGGGCACCGAAAGAUGAUCCCUUUUCAGCACCAUCCAAUACACCAAAAGGUGGUUCUGAUCCGUUUGGGGCACCAAAAGAUGAUCCCUUUUCAGCACCCUCCAACACACCAAAAGGUGGUUCUGAUCCGUUUGGGGCACCAAAAGAUGAUCCCUUUUCAGCACCAUCCAAUACACCAAUAGGUGGUUCCGAUCCAUUUGGGGCACCAAAAGAUGAUCCCUUUUCAGGACCAUCCAAUAUGUCUAAAGAUGGAGCCGAUCCGUUUGGGGCACCAAAAGAGGAUCCAUUUUCGGCACCAUCCAAUAUGCCAAAAGACAAUUCUGAUCCUUUUGGGGCCCCAUUGAAUACCCCAACGAAAGGUGCUGAUCCUUUUAGGGCACCAUCCAGUCCACCAACCGAGGCUUCAGAUGCGUGGGGUGCUCCAUCCAAUCCACCGUCCGAAAAGAAGGCUGAUCCCUGGGGAGACGAGGGGACCACAGCUGCCUCUCCCCCCGCAGAUCCAUUUGGCGAUGACUCGAAGGCUGAUGAUGACGCAUGGGGACCACCAGCAUCGACUCCGCCCACCGCCAGUGACCCUUGGGGUGCAACUGCUGCUCCCACAGACACAGCAUCAACAAGUGACCCCUGGGGAGAUGGAGGGGCUUCCACCACUACAGACACUAUGAACUCUGACCCAUGGGGAGCUCCAAGUAAUGGCACAGACAAUGGAGCCGCCGCAGACAAAAGCAACAAAUCGCCAGCUUGGUUCCUUGGCGCAGGAGCUUCACUCGUGAACAUGGACUCACUCCUCUCCUCCGAACCCAAACACCCCCCCCUCAACGUCCUUGCCAAGCAACAAAGCAUUUUACAAGGCCCAGGCCCUAUGGGCAGAGUCACGUCCAUUGCUGGUGUGUCUCGUACUACAAUCCCCCCAAACGCCAGCCUUUUAGGUUCCACCGCUAUGUCCUACGGUGUUACCCACCCCAGCUUUCAGUCCCCCAACCCCAUGCUGGGGACUCCUUUAUCCCAGCUAUCAUCCCAUUCCCUGGGCAUGCCUCGUCCUGGCCUGGCUAUGCCUGCAAUGGGACCUCAGAUGGCACCCCCCUGUUUUGGAGCUGUGAUGGUACAACCCAAUUGUCUGGGGGUGAUUCCUCAGGAAGGUCACUCUGCAGUGGCCCACUUGGGAGCUUCCACUCCUCCAAUGGGACGGGGGGUCCCUUUGCAGCCACACAUGGUUUUGGACACCGGGAUGGCAGAGCCUCUUCAACAGAACAACAAUCCUUUCCUUUUUUGAAAAGCUACAACCUGUCCAGCUCACCUUCCUCAACCCCAAAAUCUACAAUGGUUAAUAUAAUGUACAUGUCCAAUUUAGGUGUAUGCAACGAUAUGUAAGAAAUGAAGCAAGGCAAAAUAUAAGUAUUCUGAAAUGAUUUUUCAUGGAAAAACAUUCCAUUUUGGUUGAUUCGAUUUUCAUUUCGGUUCUUUCAAGAGGGGGAAACUCAUCGGGGACGGUAGGAGCUAGUUCCAUUUAGGUCUUGUGUGAUUUUGCUCUCGUGUUGUUCGUUUUCAGUUACACUGACCAGGUUAUUAUCAACGCUCUCGUUCUUUAUGCUUGACUCAUAAGGCUCUGAGAAAGAUGGACGGAGGGUUAAGAAGACUUGAUAGCAAUAUGUGUACAAUCAUUACAAAAGCCUACGUACCCAUAAAGAACAGGAUGCUAGUAGAGACGCUUUCAGGAGGUGUGUGUGUGUGUGUGUGUGUGUGUGUGUGUGUGUGUGUGUGUGUGUGUGUGUGUGUGUGUGUGUGUGUGUGUGUGAGCGAGCAUGUUUUGUGUGAAGGUGAGGUCCUUCAGCAAAAGUAACCAUAACAACAGUAACUUUUUAAAGUUCUGUUGUAUUUUUUAAAAUUAAUUUAUUAUCCUAUUUAUUUAUUUAUUUAUUAAACGAUUUGUUUGUUUCUUGAACACUUGGCCUCCAACAGAUACUUUCGAAAAACAAACUGGAGCCAUAUUCAAAUUAAUUCAUCUCACAUUACUGACAGCAAGCAUCAAAGUUGUCAUUGUCCCGUGGGUUUCUUGAGUUGAACAGUGACUUUGGUUGGAAACGGUCAUAUCCAAUUGGAUAGAACCCUAAUCAUCCACAUUAUCAUCCAAUAACCAAUAGUGGCUUUAUUUCCCUUUUAUCAUUUUGUACACAUUUAUGUCUACUUAUUUACUUAUGUUCGGGAACAAACACAUUGUAUAGAAAUGAAAGCUGAAUUUGUCAUAUCCAUUUUUUCUGUCCUGCGAAACUAUCUGUCAGUUGAAAGUCGUUUUUUGUCAAAUAUUUGUAUUGAAAGACAACAUUCCAUGCAUACAAUACUGUUAAUCUAUGUCUAUUCAGUGAGUUUUCAUCGUAAAGCCUAUUGGAUGCUUGUCAUUCUGUAUUUUUGCAUUCCUUCUUUGGCCUCAAACGAAACGGUCGAAGUACAACAAGACGGUGCACAAAACGUGAAGCGAAAUGAAAGUGGGACUGGAAGUCAACAAAUUAAUUUCUGAAUCGUAGUGCAAGUGUAUUAGUAUAGCUACGAUAAAUGUUAUCAUAGCUACUAUUAUAAUUACAUUUUGUAUGAUAAAUCUUUAUUUUAUUGUGUAUGUCAAGGCUGUGAUGUAAACUGUGACAGUACACAUUUGAGAAAUAAAAUGAUUCAAUUCCUGAGA